UCACAGGGUGGCGAGCGCCGCCGCCGAGAUGGUGCCGCUGUGAGCCCUGCGCCACGCGACGGUUCCCGCCGCAACGCAGCUCCUCGCACCACUUCGCCACCCGCAGACGCCGCCGCAGCCACUGCCGCUGCCACUGACGCGUCGAGCGACAAGAAGUCUGCCACCGAAGCACCCGCCGCCACUCCCGCCGCCGCCGCCGCCCCAGCCACUGCUGCUGCUGCCGCCGCCGCGCCUGCCACUCAAGCACCGACUGCACGAAAGGGUGCCGCUGCUGCCGCCACCAACACCACCGGUGUUGUUCACAACCCCAUCGCGAUCAACGCCAAGGCACCUGCCUCCACCAACGUGUGGUCUGCCAAGGGCGCAUCUUUCGCAUCGGUUGUGGGCAAGGAGUCGCGUGAGGCUGCUGCCAAGGAGGCUGCCGCAAAAGAAGCUGCCGCCAAGGAGGCCGCCGCCAAGGCCGCUGCUGCUGCUGCUGCCGCCGCCGCCGCUGAGGAGCAAAAGAAGCAACUCGAGGCGCAAGAGGCCCAAAAGCAAGCAGCUGCCCAGCAGCAAAAGCAAGAAAAGCAGGAAAAGCAAGACAAGGAGAAGCAAGAAAAGCAAGACAAGCACGAAAAGCGCGACAAGACACACAAGCAAAAGCAGACACAAGAAUCCAAACCCGAAGCCGCCAAGUCGGCUGAGGCUGCCAAGCCCGCCGAGCCUGUCGCUACCCCUGCCGCCGCUGUUGCCGAGCAACCCACCACCACCACCACCACCACCGCCGCCGCCCCUGUCGCCGCUGCCGCCGCUGCCCCUGUCACCCCUACCCCCACCACCUCCACUGUCACCACCACCUCGACCGCCCCCGCCACCGCGUCCGUCGGCACCAUUGGCCAAGCCAAGACUGCCCGCGCCUCGAACGUUCCCGCUCAGGCUGUCGUUCUCCCCUCUGCCAACCUUGCCAGCCUCGAGCUCCAGUUUGGCACCCUCAACUUUGGCUCGUUCGCCGACACCAAGCCCGCCGCCGCCGCGGCCACCACAGCCGCUCCCAUCGCCGCUGCCGCUGCUGCUCCCGCCCCUGCUCCUGUGGCUGCCCCUGCCGUCGCUGUCGCCCCCGCGCAGCCUGCUGCCCCCGCCGCCCAGCCCCAGACUGCCGCCGCUGCCGUCUCCCCUUCCGCACCCGCUCGCCCCGACAACAAGCAGUCGCAGCAAGCCAGCCUCCAACACCAACAGGCUCCCCAGCAGCAGCAGCAACAGCAGGCUCAGCAGCAGCAGCAACAGCCGCAGCACCCUCACCACCAGCAACACCCCCACCACCACAACCAGUACCAGCGCAACGCCAACCAGUUUGUGCCCCAGGGCCAGCGUGGCGCCAUGCCCCUCAUCGCCCAGCCCCCAGGCGAGCAAGCCAUCCCCGUGUCCUACAUUAUGGCUCCCUCUGUUGCUGGCUUCCCCCAACAGCAGUACGCCCAGUUCAUGCAGCCCCAGCACCUCCAGGCCCAGCAGCAGCCCCAGCUGUCCCAGCAGCCCCAGCAACAGCAGCAGCCGCAGCAGCAGCAGCAACAGUCCCAGCAGGCUCAGCAGCAGCCGCAGGCGAUCGGCCUGUCGCAGACCCAGCAGCCCAUUUCUGGCGCCCAGCAAGUCCCUGCUGGCCAGCCCCAGCUCCAGGCCAACGCCAUGUCUUCGCAAAUGUACACUGAUGGCAUGGACAUGAACGCCAACAUGUUCUACACCAACUACCCCUUCGUCCCCCAGCCCUACUAUAUGAGCUCUGAGUUUGACAACAAGUACGACUUUGCCUCGAUUGGCGCAACUGGCGCUUCUGGCCCCGCUGCCAACGGCGUCCAGCACCAGCAGCAGUUCUACCCCUACCCCUUCUACAACCAGUUCCAGCCCUACCAGGUCCCCUACAUGAACGUCCCGUUCAACAAGGGCGGCCACGGCGGCCACGGCGGCCACCACCAGGGCGGCUCUGGCAAGGGCGGCAACUACCAGCAGGGCUAUGGCAGCCACCACCAGCAGGGCCAGCAAGGCGGCCAGCAGGGCGGCCAGCAAGGCCAGGGCCAGAACGCUGGUCAGCAAGGCGGCCAGCAAGGCCAGCUCAGCGGUGCCGGCAACCAGCAAGGUGCCCAGUUCCAGCAAGGCGGCCAGCAGGGCCAGGGCCAGCAGGCUACCUCGCAGUCGCAGUCGCAGCAGCAACAGCAACAGCAGCAACAGCAGGCGCCCCAGCAGCAGCAAAACCAGAACGGGCUUGUCGGCUACCCCGCCCAGCCCCACCUCGGCUUCCAGGAGAGCUAUGACAUGAGCGGCAUGAUGGACUACAAGGGUGCUCCCCAGUUUGUCUCACCCGGCUUCAUGGCCCACCCGCAGCAGGGCGGCAUCCAGCAGGGUGGCUCUGGCAGCUACAACAAGUCGCGUGCCGGCUACUCUGGCGCGUACCAGAACCCCAGCUACGGCUCUCAAGGCCAGCCCGGUGCUCCCGCCCAGCAAUCUGCUGGCGGUCAGUUUACUGGCUACGGCGGCCAGCAGCGUGGCAACAACACCUGGCAGCACAUGUUUCUUCGAUCUUUGUGCAUUCUGUCGCUCGCUGUGCUAGUGGCCGGCUUUGCCACCGCCGAGCAGCCAUUCACGCAGCCCUUCUACCGCACGUUGUCUGUGCAGAGCCCGCCGUUGACAGGCAACGACAUUGUUGUUCUCCAGCACUUUUUGCAGCGGCUCGACACAGUCACCUCUCUGAACGUGACUGGGACGUACGACUACCCCACGAUGACUGCCGUGCUCAAACUUCAGGCGACCGCUCGACUGAAUGUGACCGGUGUCGUGGAUCAGGCAACGGCUGAUGCUGCUCUCGACAUGCUCUCGCGCGAUCACUAUGUUGAUGUUCAAGGUCCGCUGCCUGACGGAUACCUGUACAAGGUCGUUGUUCCCGUUCACUCCAACCGCUCCAUCGAAAUGAUGGCCACGCUUUACGACAAGCGCGGUUUGUCAAUCUUUACAUUCCUGACUCGUGCUGAAGGCCAAAAUGAUCCCAAUACUGGGGCACCGUUGAAUAUGUUCAGCUCGGAUGGCGCGACACCCACUGGCCUCAUGUCCUUUGAUUUGAAUAGCCCCGAGGACGAUCCGACCGAAUACGGACCUUACCCCGUCAAUCGCGCCGUGCUUGGUCUCGAAGGAAACGCCGCUUGGCUGUUGCCCAACCUUCGAAAUGGCAUUCUUAUGCACACUGGCGAGUGGCCCAACUGGAACACCAGCAUGCCAAUGCCCAACUCGCACGGCUGUAUCCAUAGUUGGCCUCAGAGCAUUUACACGGUCUGGCAGAAGCUUGUUGCACUUGGUGUCGUUGUUCAUCCCAACACGAAUGGCCAACUUCCGUACCCCUACAAGCCGCAGGGUCUUCUCGUUGUCCAGCAGAUUGACUGA